AUGAACACGACCUCGAUGGAGUUCGUGAUUGCACAAGAGCACACAAAGCACUUGCCCCUCGUAUUGAGCGAGUUUAUGGGCAUCAGCCAGCACAUGGCUGAUGCGCUCCAGGUGAACCCUUGGGAUCUUGGGGAUGUAGCAGCUGCGAUGAACCGCAGGUUGGUCAUGUCGGAGGAGGAGAAAGCUUCAAGGCACGCGGCAUUGCACUCAGUAGUAACGACCCACACCUCGCACACAUGGGCUGCGGUCCUUGCCAAGAUGCUGCUCUCGCAGAUCAAUGGACAGAACACUGUACAUCAAACACCCUACAUCCCCAGAGACAGUCUCUGGUGGCUGUAUGAUAAUGCCGGAAAGUGUUUGUUCUUGUUCGAUUACGACGGCACGCUCAUGGCGAUCAUCAAGAUGCCUUCAAUGGCGGUUCCCUCUCCUGAUGCGCUUACAGCCCUUGCAAAACUUACAUCCGACCCUAACAACAUUGUAUACAUCGUAUCCGGCUGCGACCAAGUGUUCCUCGAGGAACACCUCGGCCAUUUCCCGUGUCUCGGGAUGAGCGCAGAGCACAGCGGAUUCAUCUGUUUGCCUGACAGUGCCGUGUGGAUGAAUUUCAAAGUCCCCUAG